GCCACUCAGCCCGUCAGGUGUGUAUCAUCGACAUGCACACGCAUGAAGCUCUCAGGACACACACAGCAACGCGCCACACAGUCAACCACAGUGAGCCGUGGUGGCUGCGAGGGAAGCCAUCCCCUCCCGCUAACCAGUCACUCACUCAUCUGUCUGUCUGUCCUCCAACCCCACCGCUCUACGCUGCACACCGUCAAGAUGUUCUCUGACACCAGCAUGCAUCGCUGCUGUCUCAGCAGCCUUCAUGGGCCGCCGAGUGACCAUCUGACAGGCGACACACACGGCCAGACAGACAGACACUCAAGGCACGUCGUGGGCCGUGGUGUGUGUGAUGUGUGUCGUACCUAUGUAGCGGCAUUGCGGCGCUCGACACACAGCAUAGACUCACCGAAGCCCGCCGCUGAGCUGAGCUUGUAGGGCCCGCCGCAGAGGUUGAGGCCCGCCUGCUGGGCCAUGAAGCGCCGCUGGAAGUCGGUGCGCAGGUCAUCGUCGAGCAACCUCACACAGGUCUUCUUGUGACCCUGCAGGGCAAAAUAGGACGAGCGACAUAUACACAUCCAGGGAGCUAUGUGUGUGUGGUGUUCUAUGUGACGCACCUUGAGCUCGUUGUUGAAUGAGAUGACCGUUCCCAUCACGUUGUCGUAAAACUGCUCCAACUGGUCAUCCUCUACACCGCCUACAGUGAAUGAAAACCAGAGACACCAUGCCUGCUCCUGCACUCCCAUCCCCCCUUACCGGACACGGUGAUCGUCACUUUCUCCACCGUCGGCAGCUUGUCGUUGGUGUCCCGCCCCCACAGAGAGGGGCUCCGGUCAGUGUGCACGGGCUCGAAGAAUGCACUCGGCCGCAGAUGCAAAUCCACGAUCAGGCUCCUUUCCCGCCCCCUGCUGACCAGCGCCUUGAGCUCCUGCAGGAAUAGCUUGUCUGCACACAACACAACACACACGGCACACAACCAUCCCGGCACAGUGUCUUACCAAGCCACGCAUCCGGCUCCCUGUCUGUCUGUCUGCCUAUCCGUCCAUCCAUCCAUCCCUCACCCACUGACCCACCCACCCGUGUAGAUGAGGCCGUAUUCUUCCACCUGCCAGGAGCCUGUCUUGCCUGCAGGAAUUGACCACACAUACACAACACAGCACACGUGCAGAGCACCACACAAGUGCGUCUGUGCGUACCCUUCUGCGUCUCGAACACGACGCACAGCUCCCCGAACUCGGCCCCACCCUCCUCGUCGCCACCAAACGUGUCUGCAGAUCAGGUCAGAUGACGCUCGUACCACACCGCACCGUCUGCUUGUCAGAUGUGACCGCUUGCUUACUCAGGUCGAGGCUGAUGACCCGGACGGCCUUCUUCUUGGCGCUCCCUGCGACGAACAAACAACCGGCACGCACCGACCGUAUGUAUGUGUUCGUGCUGUGGCACAUCCUUACAGAGGAUGAAGCGUCACGCCUUUCUCCAGCCUCAUCCUCACACACCGAGAUGGAGAUGGCUGGCAAUCAGGGAGAGAUCUUUGUUGUCGAGGGAUGUCAAGCCGGCGCGUCACGUCAGCGGUUGAGAGCCCGUUCAGUCCCCGCUUGGCCGCACAGCGCCUGUCUUCCCGCCUGUCUAUCUGCUUGUCUGUCUGUCAGUCUGUGUCUGUGUGUCAUGAUGCGAGGCCGAGCAUAGUCAGCAUUUGCACAAACAGCUCGGAAGAAAACACAGAAAGAGACCAAACCUCACCCGCAGCCUGCACGCACGGUGGACACACACACGUAUCCAUCCGUCACACAGAGGCAUCCAUCUUAUGUGUCCCAGCCGUGGUGUGCCUGUGUGGCCUGCCUGACCCAGUAAGUGAGCGAUAAUAUUCUGAGUCGCUUGAGCAUGAUGUAGCAGCACACGGCCACGAAGAACAAAAAGGAGUACCAAAUGAAGGUGCUGUCCAUCUCAGUCCUGCACACACCACACACGCACACAUGUCAACAUGCGUUUGUCUGUCUUAUUGGAAGGCUCACUUUCGUUUCAGUUUGCUGAGCAGCGCCCCGGCCUUUUGCAGACGCUGCCCAUACGCUGCACUCAAGACAGACAGACAGACAGACAGGAACACGCCCUUCAGCGGCCAUUGCAUGCAGCACCAAAUGCACCCGUACCUGAGUAGGCCUCGUCUGUCUUGCCGAUGGUCGUCGAACCAUGAUCUGUGUGUGACACACAUAACGACAGACACACACAUACACAGAGAUCACGAUACUCUGCUGGCUUGCUCACCGAGUGCCUCUGUGACUUGGUGCAUUCUCUGCAGUUCCGUCUGCAU